CUUAACCACCAACAUCAUCUUCGGCCUCACGCCCUCUAAGUGUGGAGGAAAGCCCAUUGAGCUUCCAGAAAUAUGCCUCCAGAGCGCCAGCCCACCCAAAAACGCCGGCAUCUCCCCUUUAAGCCACCCAGCCGCGCAACAGGAUCCCCGUCUGCCUCUGCCUCAACAACAGCGGGCCCAUCCAAAGCCAAACCCUCAAAACCACCAACGAAGGCCCCGAAAGUCAAUGCAACGGCCUCAUCCUCGAAAUCAAGACCGAAACCUAAGCCCGCCAAGGCCUCCUCAUCCCGCCAGAGACCGUCUCCAUCGCCGCCGAACGAAAGCUCAACAAACUCCGAUGCCCCCCCAGACGACCGCGCCUCCGCGGAGCCUUCGGGCUCGGGCUCGGGCUCGGGCUCAGACGACGAAACCGAAGCGAACUACAUCCUUGCCGAAAUAACGCACGGCGAGCCCGCAAGUGAAGACGUUCUUUCCUCAGACCCGCUUAUUCCUCCGAAACUAUUAACGAAGCUCGUCCACCACCAUUUCCGGAAUGAGAAGACGAAGAUGGCGAAGGACGCGAAUGGGGUCGUUGCGAAGUAUAUUGAUGUCUUUGUGAGAGAGGCUGUGGCUAGGGCUGCGUUUGAAAGGGCUGAGGGCGGCGGUGGAGGUGGUGUGGCGGAUGGAUUUUUGGAGGUUGAGGAUCUUGAGAAGAUGGGUCCGCAACUUGCUAUGGAUUUUUAGGUGCUCCUAUUUCGCAUCUUGUCGUAUCUUACUUGGGAGUAUGGUUGGGCUGGAUUUUAGGAGUUGGGUGUUUAAUUUAGGCUCUUUAAGCGGCCUUGCUCUUGAUACCAGUUAUGCGAAUAACGAUGAUUGGGAUGGAAGCCCCGGUAUGUCAUACUGGACUAUAUAGAUAUUUAGGGAUUGGCUUGCAGCGGACAUGCAUUCAUUGGUAACAUUGAUCUUGGGGCGCUAUGCAUCAGGAUAUAUGCUCUAUUCUAUGUACAAAUUGUUAGACAGUAAACCGGUUUAUUUCCCUUGUUCUCUUUCUUUUUUCUUCAGCGAGCUUAUGACAAGGGACGUCCAUCCAAUCUAACCACUCAGCAAGGCAUCUUUUGCUGCUGUUGUAGGUGUAUCGACG